AUGGCUGAGGCGAAAAGGCUAAAGCUCAGUAACACGGUGCUGCCAUCUGAGUCCAUGAAGGUGGUGGCGGAGUCCAUGGGCAUCAACCAGAUCCCAGAGAAUGCAUGCCAGUUGCUGACAGAGGAGGUCAGCUACCGCAUCACAGAGAUCGCCCAGGAAACCCUGAAGUUCAUGCAGAUGUUGAAGCGGAGGAAGCUGACCACUGGCGACAUGGACUAAGCCUUCAAGUUGAAGAAUGUGGAGCCCCUGUAUGGAUUCCAUGCCCAGGAGUUCAUUCCCUUCCACUUCACCUCUUGUGGGGGCCAGGAGCUCUUCUUCUAUGAGGACAAGGAGGUGGAUCUGAGUGACAUUAUCAACACCCCUCUGCACAGAGUGCCCCUGGACGUCUGCCUCAAUGUGCACUGGUUGAGCAUUGAAGGCUGUCAGCCCGCCAUUCCCGAGAACCCACCUCCAGCUCCUAAGGAGCAGCAGAAGUUCAAGACCAUGCAACCUCUGAAGUCAGCCAAGCCGGGCCAGGAGGAUGAUGGCUUCCUGAGAGGAAAAGGGGCUGCCCUGGCAGCUAGCAAGGGGAAGAAGCAGAAGGUGCCGGCCUUCCUGGAUGGCACCCCCUUUCGGCUCAACCCUUGCAGUAUCCAUGAACUAUCAGUGGAGCAGCAACUCUACUACAGGGCAAUCACUGAGGCCUGUGUAGGCUCCUGUGAAGCCAAGAGAGUGCAAGCUCUCCAGAGCAUCGCCACAGACCCUGGGCUAUCCCAGAUGCUGCCCUGGUUCAGCACCUAUUCGGAGGGGGUAUGUGUGAACGUGGUGCAGAACAACCUAGCCCUGCUCAUCUACCUGAUGCGCAUGGUCAAGGUGCUCAUGGACAACCCAACACUGUACCUGGAGAAAUAUGUGCCCGAGCUACUCCCAGCUGUGUUGACAUGCACCGUUAGCAAACAGCUGUGUCUGCAGCCAGAUGUGGACAACCACUGGGCACUGCGUGACUUUGCUGCCCGCCUAGUGGCCCAGAUCUGCCUGCACUUCAGCACAACCACCAACAAUAUCCAGGCCCACAUCACCAAGAUCUACACCGAGAGCUGCGUGGAUGAGAAGACCCCCUGGACCACGGGCUAUGGCUCCAUUGCAGGCUUGGCUGAGCUGGGACAUGAUGUCAUCAAGUCCCUGAUCCUGCCACGGCUACAGCAGGAGGUUGAGCGGAUCCAAGCCGUGUUUGAUGGCCCAGUGCUCAGCCACAUGGACCGCAUAGGUGCCGAACACGUGCAGAACCUGCUGCUGAAACAUUGUGCCCCGGUUCUAGCCAAGCUGCGAAAGCCACCUGACAAUCAGGACAACUACCACACCGAGUUCGGAUACCUGGGAGCUGUCCUCUGCACUCAGGAAUCACUCCUGGCUGAGAUUCGGGGACCAAUGUGA